AUUUUCAAUAUCAUUUUAUCUUUUUAUCCUAUCAAACCGUUAAAAAUUCAUUCAAAUUUUAAAAGUGGCUUAAUCGCUCAUAUUAUGGAAAAUCACGUCCUUAUAAUUGCUGUAACAAGCGUCAUUGUUUUGAUAAAAUUUUUAUAAUUUGUUCGGAAAAUUGAUUUCAACCAGCUCUGUAGACCGACUAGUUGUAGCCUUAUAAAAACACAUGCUCACAAUUAAAUGUUCAAAGGAAAAUCAGUUCUCCUAAUUAAAACACAAAAGGUACUCAUAAUUAAAAUUGUAUGAUUCUUCACAUCGCACGGGUUUUAUUCAGUUUUAAACUAAGUGUUGCCCUGAAAAGAUAUAUACACGUAUAUUCUGUGAUUUUCAUAAAACAAUGGCUAGGCGUUCUAGUGUGCGUGAAGAUAGACAUUUUCUUGUGCGGUACUUGUGCGAUGACAAUUUUCAAGUGCGGAGUCGUGCAUACUUCCGAUGUGAGAGUGACAUUACGAUCACUGUUGGUGAGGAGUAUGAUGUUCAGUGGGGCCGGGCCAAAGAAGUUGACAGAGCCGUUGUCCUUGAUUCCGGAUCCGACCAGGAACUUCGAGUGAAGAUGAGAGAGUUGGAGACCAGGACUGAGCCCUCAUCCCCAACACCUCCCGCAAGCCCGUUAUCGCCAUCACCACCUCCAUCACCCCCAACCCCAGCACCGAAGCGUCAGAAAACCACCAUGUCUUUCACAAAGUCAGGGAAACCCAGAGCUUCAAUGAUUACAUCAGGUUCCCCUCCAACUGUAAACGAACAGACUCUCCCCAUUGCUGUGCCUGCAACUGUGCCCACUGGACCGCAGACUCCGCCCGUUGUUGUGCCUGCAUCUGUGCCCACUGGACCGCAGACUCCGCCCGUCGUUAUGCCUGCAUCUGUGCUCACUGGACUGCAGACUCCGCCCGUUGUUGUGCCUGCAUCUGUGCCCACUGGACCGCAGACUCCGCCCGUUGAUGUGCCUGCAUCUGUGCCCACUGGACCGCAGACUCCGCCCGUCGUUGUGCCUGCAUCUGUGCCCACUGGACCGCAGACUCCGCCCGUUGUUGUGCCUGCAUCUGUGCCAACUGGACCGCAGACUCCGCCUGUUGCUGUGCCUGCAUCUGUGCCCAUAGGACUUCAAACUCCGAGAGCUUCUACACCAGUCGUGAGAUUCCGUCCGCACCGGUUAUCCACCAGUGAUAGUGACUCUCUCGUCGGCGGGCUUUUGAAGGAAGUGUCCGAUCUGCGUAAAUCCGUCGACAUUGUUAAUAAGAAGAUAGAUGCCACCAACAGGCGCACAACCCAUCUAGAAACUCUACUGACAACAGCCAUUGCCAAUACAAACAUCAUUAUUGACAUUAUAAGGAGGCAGUCCAGCGACAACACUUUGACGCAGCUGAAUUCGGCGAUGCACAGCCAGACUAGCGCAGAAGAGACCCCUUCAUCAACGCCCACAACUGAAGGAAUCCCUCCGGAAUUCAAGAUUGAUGACUCUGAACUUCGCGUCCUUGUCCGGGAGUCCAGGAAUGCCGGCAACUUCGCGGUGAACCUUACACGGAAACUGUUUCCUGAACUGUUCGGUGAAGGACAGUUGCGAUACGAGUAUAAUUGGUAUGGAGGCGGGAAGUUAGCAAAGAAAGAACUGGAUCCAGUGAGGAAACAGGUGGUGAAACAGUACGUUGUGUAUUUCUUCCCAGAGUUCCAGUCUCACGAAGCUUGGAGGGAGCGUGUGGUUCCAAAGAUAAACGAGUGCCUGAGAAGGAACGAUAAGCGUCUGAAGAGGAAGUCUAUCGUUAUCCCUCAGCUGACCGAGUGCCAUGACGACGUUUUUGACUUUGUGGAUUAGAGACGAUCGGCGUACACGUACUUGUGUGUGUAAUGAGAUUGUGUGUGUCUUAUGAUACAUGUAUUAACUACUUGUCAUUAUGACGAACUUUUUACAUGCUAUGCUGUGAAAUUUAAAAUAUAUUGAAGUUUCCCAUUUUUGAAAGCUUUUUCAUCUUGCGAUAAAUGUGUGAAACAACUUUUCUGUGUUGUUAUUCUGUGUAUAUACACAUUCUUUAUAAAGAGUAAACUUAUUAAGAGUUAAUGAAGCGAACAAGAUACAGGUAAAGUUUUCAUAUAAAUACCCGCUAGGCAUUUAUACUAC